AUGGCGAAGGUUAUGGCGGCCCUUCAGUCAGGAUGGCAGCCUGAGCUGGGCGCAGGGCGGGCAGCGCAAAAGUUUACGGCAGCUACAGAAGUGGAAUGGCUAGGCAAGAGAACGAAUGGCUGCAGAGAUGUGGACAUCUAUGCAUGGGACAUCCAGAAUUGGGGACCGGCCGAGGUGUCCAGUCCCACUGUCCGGCUUUUGAUCUGUCUGCUGUUCAGGUACCGCUGUACCGCUGUAUCACUGUACCUUAGCAGUCCCACCAGCCGCCCAGAAGCUGCUGGUCUGCUGCUACAGUGGCUUGGAGUGGGCGGUACAGUGGGACAGGGACAAUCCGGGGUCGCGCCAAGGAACAGCCACCUCUGGUCUGUCGUCCAGUCGUCUCCAAGCCGGACUUGUACCGAUUUGCACCGGGAAAGCAAGAGCUCGAGUUUGGCGGGCCAUCGAAUGACGACCGGAUCGUAUCCAUCGGACCAGGCAGAGCAAUCUUUCCAGCAGCCCCGGACACCAACACAGCAACGUUUGUCGCAAAGCAUUUUGCAGCACAGGGAGAUCAAGAUGGCAAGCGGAAACGCCUCGUACUACAACAAGAAUGCGCACUCGCCGGCCCUCGUCCGCGCCCGCAGGCCCUACCUGUUCAAGAACGCCGUGGUAGGCGCCGGCAUUGCCGCCUUUGCCAUUGGAGUCUACGUCUACACGAUCAAGGCCAUCGGCCAGGACGAGUUCGCCGACGUCAAGGUGCCCGAUGCGCCGCAGCAGCCGGCCAAGAAGUAA